AUGUGGAUUCUACCUCUCGUCGGCUACUUGGGCUCCAUCGUGGGCUUCUGCUUCCUGACCCUGGCAAUCGCUUCGGGUCUGUACUACCUCUCCGAGCUCGUCGAAGAGCAUACCGUGAUUGCGAAGCGCUUUCUCACGAGGCUUAUUUACUCGAUUAUGGUCCUGCAGCUCGUGCUCUGCGUCGUCGACCGUUUCCCCUUCAAGUUGACUCUCAUGGGCAUCGUCUCCCACGUCAUAUACCUCGGCAACAUGCGCCGGUUCCCCUUCGUUAGGCUGACUGACCCUCUGUUCCUGGCGUCUUGCGUCCUGGUGCUGGUCAACCACUACCUCUGGUUCCGCCACUUCUCCGCCGCGCAACAGCGAUCCUACUCCAACAUGCACUCCUACUACGACCAGCCCGACAUCCCGACCUUCACCGAGAUCGCGUCCUACUUCGGCCUCUGCGUCUGGAUGGUCCCCUUCGCGCUCUUCGUGAGCCUGUCCGCGAGCGACAACGUGCUGCCGACGAUGGGCAGCGAGGACCCCCUGCGGGACUCGUCCGGCAAGAACAAGCGCCAGGGCUUCGUCAAGUCCGUGGUCGACACCGUGCUCGAGGCGAUUGGGGGGUUAUUUAGAGCUGUUGGAUGGGAGAGGAGUUGA